UAUUGCCUUUUUUUCUCAUACUUCAACACAAAUCUGCCAUUAAUAUCCUCACUUGGGUUUUUCAUUUGAGAGAAAACCCACAUCAAAUCUGUUAGCUUUUUUGUAAUUUAUUUAGUUGAUGGUGAAUUAGAGCAAUGGAUGCUGCUCAUUCAUCGUCUUCUUCACUUAGCUUCCGUGAACUUGAUGAUGUAUUCUUGCAGUCUCAAGCAAGAAUAUGGAUUGGCGAAGUGCUGCACACAAGAUUUGAUGAGCAAAUAAGCAUAUGUGAUCUUCUUUCUGACGGGGAGCUACUAUUUGAUGUUUCUAAAGCAUUAUGGAAUAUGUUGUUGGUCAAAUAUAUGGAGCUCAACAAUUUUAAAGCUAGUAAGCUUAUACCGGUUGAUACAAGGAAGAGCAGUGGUAGAUAUAGGCCUUACUCAAACGUUGAUUCAUUUUUGAAGGUAUGCAAAGUUUUGGGAUUGAGUGGUGUGGAUCUUUUCUCCCCAUCUGAUGUUGUGGAGAAGAAAGACACUCGAAAAGUAUGUAUAUGUAUACGAUCUCUUUCAAAGAAAGCUAGGUCUAAGCAAGUAAAUGUCCCAGACUUUGACAUUGUCACCAAGACAGUAGCAAUGCCCACAGAUGUAGUUACAUGCAUCAGAAGAAGUUUGGAAUUAUCAACAGCCGACGUGACUCAUGGACAAACUAAACAUUCAAGAUUGAAAAUUAGGCAGAAAAGUACCUUUGUAUCACAUAUACAAGAGGACGAGUCAUGUGUAGAAGAAUCUGACGAGGAAAUAAGCAAUUAUCCAGGGACUUCAUAUGCAGAUUUUCUAUAUAUAGAGUCAGCAGAGUCGCAAGACACAAUUGAUAAGUAUGCGCUGACUCAAGAACCACAACAGGCUGAUACCAGGAACCAAGAAAUCAAUGAAUUUGCACAUACGCCAGGAUCAGCAGAAUCUCUUCUCUUGCAAUAUGAUAGUAGUGAUAAUCAUCUGGAUGGAAUUUCAUCACCUAUUUGUAAAUCAAGAUUGAUUAUAUGUGAUGAGUUCACACCCAAUAACCGUGGAGCAAACCUUUGGCAUAUUAAUAGAGAAAAUGCUCUCAUUUCACACAAAAGGGGAGAAGUCGAUCAUCAUAUCUCUUUAUCAGAUACGAUUUCAUUUCGAAUUCUUACUGAUGUCCCCUUUCACAUAACUGAAGACUGCUUAUGUCAUUCAUGUAUAUACACUGAAUUACAUGAUUCAAAUACAACACCCAAUGAUUCCAUGUGUAGAACAGGGAGGAAGUUCUCUGAUGAUGUAGAGGCGUCACCCACGAGCAGUGUGAGCUCUGUGGUGGCUUGUAUUCUUGACUUUGAUGCUUGUUCUGACUCAGAUGACCUCGGAACUUUGGCAUCUUCCAUUCCUGAUUUGCAGCAGCAUAGAGCUAACAGACUUGGCAAGUUAUCAAGUUUGUGUAAUCAUUCAGAGCUAGAAGUUUUGGAUCUCUCUGAAGAUGCUUUUUCACCAAAUUGGGAUGAUGAGAAAUCGUCUUGCUCGCUGGAUCAAGAUCUUGGAUCAUUGAAUCAGAUUUUACGGGCAGAACAAGAUUUGGGAGAUUCUUUGGUAUUGGUGAAGGAUGAUGUCAUCAACAUCACAGAAAGUACCCAAGAAACACUGCUAACCAGUAUAAGUUUAAACGAUAAGUUGGAGGGUGUCCAAGUGGCUGAUUCAAAUCUGACUUACAAGAUCGAUGAAUGUGAUCAGGUCACACAGAAUCAGGCUGGCAAAGGUUUUGGCAGUGUGGAGAAAGGAUAUGGCAUUACUCAUAGUGACGAUGUUCAUAGUUAUGGUAAAGGUGGGACAGAAGCAACUAGCAAGGAUAAAAGAAAAGAUGACAGUAUCGAUUGUUUGGUGGAAGCCAUCACCUGUGGGGAGAAUGAUAAGAGGAUUGUUAAAGCGGAGAAAAAAUCAACCUUCAUAGCGCCAUUGCUGAAGACAGUUGCAAAAAGCACAGCACUUUUUGGCAUUUUGUUUUUGCUUCACCUCAGGAAUAGAAACGAUAGAAAUACAAACGGCUUAAGGAUUAACAAUUCAAGUCAAGUUCAUUGGAAAUCAAGUGGUGUGGGGUUCUCAAGAAGAAAAGGGGAGAACACAAGCAAGAUAUAUCCGAUUGAGAAGUUUAAAUUUGGCGAUUAGACUCAUCCAAGUCUUGUGAUAUACAAUACAACAACAAAAGAGUUAUAGAAUAUAUAAGUAGUCUAUGCACAGGCACACUGGUUGGAGAAAAUGGAAUCAUAUGAAGGUAUUUUUAUUUGGAGUAAAAAGAGUUCUAGAAAAUAUAUAGUUUUGUAACCAAAAGUGUUACUCUGCCAGAUCAGUGCAAAUAUAUCAUAUAUAACAUAUUUCUUUCUAUUA